GCGCUCGCUUGUUUACUGAACGCGGUGCAGAGGGAAGAGGGACCGGCUAAACUUUGACACAGUCAGCAAGACGCGGAGGGGCUGCGCUGCUCACUACAAAUAAUUUACCGGUUAUGGACCGUUCAGCGGCGAGGGCGGCUAGAAAUCCACACGGAAUAAGGAUCAGCCGGAGCCUAAUGAACACAGUCAGUAGUUCGAAAUAGAUGCUGAUGAGUUGCCCGGAGAUGAAGCCCAGCAUGAAUCUCUCUGACAACUCCAUCAAUAACAGGAUGUUAAUGCUUGACGGAAUGCCUGCAGUCCGAGUCAAAGCAGAGCCGCUGGAAUCUGAAAGAGGGUCCCCUAGAGUACACAGUUACCCUGAUAUGGAGGCCGUGCCCCUCUUCCUGAGCAAAGUGAAGGCAGAGCCACCAGAAGACCUCCUCUCUUCUGAGCAGUUCCAAACUCAGACUGAGCCCGUAGAUCUGUCGAUCAACAAGGCUCGGCCAUCACCCCCUUCUGCUACCGGCUCUCCCAUCACCUCUGCCUUCUCUCCUUCAUCCUCCUCUUCAUCGUCCUCAUCCUCGCCCUCCGUCAUCGCCUCCGUCUCUUCGGGCAUGCCGUCGGUGUUGACACCAGGGCCUCUGGUAGGCUCUCCCCCAGGAGUCCGAGGCCAGCCGUUUUUGCACAUCAUCCACCCGGUGCCGCCCUCAAGCCCCAGCAAACUGGCCAGCCAGGUGCAUCGCAUCCCGGUGGUCGUGCAGUCACUGCCACUCAUGUACACUACGGCAGUGCGCUCGCCCUCAAACCACCUCAACUCCACCAUCAUGUUACCUCUUGUGGACGAGGCCAAGGGCAAAGCACAAACAGACCCCAACGGCUUGUCGCCAAGACAAAUCAAAAGUGACAGUGAUGAUGACGACCUGCCAAAUGUAACCUUGGACAGUGUUAAUGAAACAGGAUCCACCGCGCUGUCUAUAGCACGAGCAGUGCAGGAUUCCAUGUCACCAUUCAGUAUUGAGAGCAUGCGGCGCCCACGGCGGUCCGAGUCCCCGGACUCCAAGAAGAGGCGCAUUCACAGGUGUGACUUUGAGGGCUGCAAUAAGGUUUACACCAAGAGCUCCCACCUGAAAGCACAUCGGAGGACACACACAGGUGAGAAGCCAUACAAAUGCACAUGGGAUGGCUGCACGUGGAAGUUUGCCCGCUCGGACGAGUUGACGCGGCAUUAUCGGAAGCACACAGGGGUCAAGCCCUUCAAGUGUGCGGACUGCGACCGCAGCUUCUCGCGCUCUGACCACCUGGCCCUGCACCGCCGCAGACACAUGCUGGUGUGAGCCCGGUCCACCUCACACACACAUUCUCUCUCCCAAACACACGCGCAUGCAUGCCGGGCCGGGGGGAGCUGGGUUCUCCCCCUGCACUCGUUCAGCUGGGCUGGACACAGUCACAAGCGUACCGGACCCCAGGGAUGAGACAGAAGAAAGACGGAAGAGGUAUGAAGGAUAUGUGUCCGUAGAAUUCCUCAAGGAUGGAACAGGUCGGUCUUACAGGCUUGGGGUCAGUUUGGAUAUUCAGGAUGUCUUGAACACGGACAUAUGGCGAUGUUCAGCACCUGCUAGCUGGUUAUUGAGUGAGAGUUCUUCUGUCUGCAGUUUGUUUUUCACUUUUUUUCAUUCAGCAUCCUUUUUUUUUGUUUGUUUUGUUUUUUUUUUUGAAACGGCUGCUUCUUUUCGUCAUCAACAAUGUGAAGAACUUCAGAAUGGAGCAGCUGCAUUCAUGCCUUCCUUUUCUGACCCAGGCUAGACCUGGGCUAGAGGGCGGAGCAGGUGCAGCCAAGUUCCUUCAGGAACAACGUUGUUGCAAACAGUGAUCUCCUGCUGAUGCUUCUGGAAGCCAUCGUACCUGUGCAGGGUUGAGGGGUCAAUUCCAUGGCAGCAGAGGAGGAACCCCAGGCAAGAAGGCCGGAGAUUUUUUUCAAUUUACCAUAGGUCAGCAAACCAGCUAAUGAGAUUACUCACGCAGCAGGCGACACAUCAACAGACUUUUUCACUGUCGUUGUAUUUUGGUUCCCCCCGAUGUUGGUUUUACACCAAAAAAACUGAUCUUUGAAGCACAGGCACUGAAGUGUACGGAGUUUGUGUGGCUUUAUGAACUCUUAGAAAGGCCUUACGACUGCGUUUGGUAACACUUCAGGUUUUCAGCCUUGUCCAUUCGUAUUGGUGCAUUCUGUUCUGUGAUAAGCGAGUUAAGUGCAAUUGUACACGAUUCAUAGAAUUUUCAGUAUAAGAUUAUUUUGCUUUUCUUUUUCCUUCUUCUUUUUUUAACAAUGUACCCUUUCUGUAUAUUCUUGCUUUGAAACAGCUUUGAAUAGGAUGGGCCCCUGAAAUCAACAGUACAGCAGUAUGUUCAGCAGUAUUACUCAUUCAGUCACCCCAACAAAUGAUCUAAAGAGGAACUGAAAUGUCAGACGCAUCACUGACCUUUCCCAUGUUUGACUGGCGGGUUCGGUGCUCAAUGUUCUUUGCCCAUCUUAUUUUUUUUCUUUUUGGCUCCGAAUAAAUCGGGGUAUAAAAAGGCCGACCAGUUCUGCUAAUGUGGGCCUUCAAUAGUGU